AUGCUUUUUGCAGCCAGAGUUGGGAAGACAUCACUAAUUAUGUCACUUGUCAGUGAAGAGUUUCCAGAAGAGGUUCCAGCACGAGCUGAAGAGAUCACCAUUCCAGCUGAUGUCACCCCUGAAAGAGUGCCAACCCACAUAGUGGAUUAUUCAGAAGCAGAGCAAAGUGAUGAGCAGCUUUACCAUGAAAUAUCACAGGCAAAUGUGAUUUGUAUAGUAUAUGCUGUUAACAACAAGAAUUCUAUCGAUAAGGUAACAAGUCGAUGGAUUCCUCUCAUCAAUGAAAGGACAGACAAAGAUAGCAGGCUGCCUCUUAUAUUAGUUGGAAACAAGUCUGAUCUAGUGGAAGAUAGCAGUAUGGAAACUAUCCUUCCCAUUAUGAAUCAAUAUACAGAGAUAGAAACCUGUGUAGAGUGUUCAGCCAAAAACUUGAAGAAUAUAUCUGAGCUAUUUUAUUAUGCACAGAAAGCUGUUCUGCAUCCUACAGGCCCUCUUUAUUGCCCAGAGGAGAAAGAGAUGAAACCUGCCUGUAUUAAGGCACUCACUCGCAUUUUUAGAAUUUCUGAUCAGGAUAAUGAUGGUACUCUCAGUGAUGCAGAGCUCAGCUUCUUUCAGAGAAUUUGUUUUAAUACACCUCUGCCAUCUCAAGCUUUGGAAGAUGUAAAGAAUGUAGUCAGGAAACACCUAAGUGAUGGAGUUGCAGAUAAUGGAUUAACAUUAAACGGUUUUCUUUUUCUUCACACACUUUUCAUUCAGCGAGGAAGGCACGAAACAACUUGGACUGUUCUACGUCGCUUUGGAUACGAUGAUGACUUGGAGCUUACACCAGAGUACUUAUUUCCUCCGCUAAGAAUUCCUGCAGACUGCACAACAGAAUUAAAUCAUCAUGCAUAUUUAUUUCUUCAAAGUAUUUUUGAUAAACAUGAUUUGGAUAGAGAUUGUGCUUUGUCUCCUGAUGAAUUGAAAGAUUUGUUCAAAGUCUUCCCUUAUAUGCCAUGGGGACCAGAUGUUAACAACACUGUUUGUACAAAUGAGAGGGGGUGGAUUACAUACCAAGGGUUUCUCUCUCAGUGGACACUAACCACAUAUUUAGAUGUCCAACGUUGCCUGGAGUACCUGGGUUACUUAGGCUAUUCAAUACUUGCAGAAGAAGAAUCUCAAGCAUCAGCAAUUACAGUAACACGAGAUAAAAAGAUAGACCUGCAGAAGAAACAGACUCAAAGAAAUGUUUUCCGAUGUAACGUUGUUGGAAUGAAAGGCUGUGGGAAAAGUGGAAUUCUUCAGUCUCUUCUUGGAAGAAAUCUAAUGAGACAGAGGCAAAUACGUGCAGAGCACAAAUCUUACUAUGCCAUUAAUACAGUCUAUGUAUAUGGGCAGGAAAAAUACUUGCUGCUACAUAAUGUUAGUGACUCUGAAUUUGUAACUGAUGCUGAGACCAUAUGUGAUGCUGUCUGUCUGGUGUAUGAUGUCAGUAACCCCAAGUCCUUUGAGUACUGUGCCACAAUUUUUAAGGUUUGUAUAGCUUCACAAGCCUUCACUUGUGAUACUGUUGGUGAGCCCAGCAAGGAUAUCUUUGUUAAACUGACAACUAUGGCCAUGUAUCCCCAUGCCCGGUUACGCUGUAUGUGCGCCUGCAACAGGUGCACAUUUUGCAUCUGUAAGAACUUCCUCAACUCAGACUUGCUACAAUCUGUAAAGAACAAACUCUUCACUGCAGUUCUUAACAGGCAUGUGACACAAGCGGACCUCAAGAGCUCCAAGUUUUGGCUUCGAGCAAGUUUUGGUGCUGCCAUCUUUGCAGUUUUGGGGUUUGCUAUGUACAAAGCAUUAUCAAAGCAACGAUGAUCUGAGAAGAAGCACAUCAGGCCCUACCAAAUCAAAAAACUGACCCCUUUUAUGUACAUUCUGAAUGCUUUAAAUUCUGCUAGAAAUAUUUAUAUAUGCAGAGUUACUUUAUUAAUAUUUGUAAUUCAUGCAUAAGAUUAUUUUAAAUUAUAGCUCUAACUACUGUAUUGCAUAAUGCGUGGGAAAAAAAUUGCAUCUUAACAGCCAGCUAAAAUGGCUUAACUUGUGAGGCCAAAAGGGAAUUUGUUGUAAAUAACCUUUACAUAUUAAAGCAGUAAGACAUGGCUUCCCAAAAAGCUGUUCAAAAUGCUGUUCUGAGAUAUCUCACCAUGGUUACAUACUAGUGUAUAGCUGAAACUCAUUCUUGGUAGAGUAGGUCCAACUCGAGGAUCAUCCUCCCUCA